CAGUUCCAGUUUUCCCUUUCCAACGCGUCAUUCCCACACCACCCCCACCUUUUCAUCUCAUCUCUGAGAAUCAGAAACCUUACCCUAACCUAACCCCAGCCACCAGCCCGCCAUCACAAUCCUCCAUGGCCGAACUUUUCUUCUCCGUUAGAUGGUGCUUUCGCCGCCGGCGGGAAUCGUGGGUGCCGUCGCACUCUUCUCAUCGCCAAUCCCUUCUCAUCUUUCCUCUUCUCGUCACCGUCGCACAAAGGAAGCGUUGACCCCGUGGCAUAACCGUCGCGAAGGUUUUCCGGUCGAUCGUCAUCUCUUCAAGCGCGCGCUCUCUCUCUCACUCACUCUCUCUGUGUCUGAGCUUCGAGCUCUCUGUCGCUCUCUGUUCGAGUUCACUUCCCUUGUUCCGUUGUCAUCAGCCCGUCGCUUCCUAUUCCUCCCUCGCCUCACUUUCCUUCCUCCUUCGCCGCCGAUGGAACAGGAACAACAGCCAGAAGACAUUAUUUAUUCAAUUUGUUGAAUGGUGAUGUAAUUAUGAAUUCAAUUUAAUUUGGAUUCUGACUUUGGAAUUCGAUUCAAUUUAGUUUUUUCUGCUGAUAUGUUUUCAGAUUAGUUUGGAUU